AUGACAGAAGAGAAAUGUGAGACAGAAUGUUGUGAUAAGGGAAUAUUGAUUGAAGACAAAUGUAUGUGUGACAUAGGAUCUUUUGGAGAGGAUUGUCGUCUUAAUUUAUAAGAUAUUUACAUCGCCCCUUAUUAUACUUUUAUUGGGAUCUAUUGUGUUGCAUUCUUUUUCGUAUUACUCGUAACUAUUAGAUAAUUUCAAACUUCUUUAAAGACUCAAAGAAUUCCAACCUAUUACACAUGUUUUCAAUAUGCCUAUGCAUUGAUCGGAUCUCCUCAGAAUUAUAUCUUAGUCUUAACAAUGGUGUUAUCAGUCUGUAAAUUGAUAUGGCUCAUACUUGAUCCUUUCGAAAUCUAUAGAGGGUAAACGACAGUCAUCGAGAGACUGCUGGCAGAAGUUGUAUACACAAUACUGUUUUAUAUCUACGGUUGCUUAUUGAUCGUUUGGUAUACGAUGUACGAUGAGAUAUCAUAUAAUAUUUAUCAAGGAGAAAUAAAAAAGCCAAGGAAGUGGAUAUUUACUUACUACAAGGAGGCAUUAAAACUUCGAUUGUUUAUUGUGUUGCUAGUUUAGAUAACAGUAAGUACACUAAAUGGUUUAAGGAAAGGAGUGCAAUACCCAAUUUUUUUGAUGGUAUGCUAUGUGUUUUUGAUGGCAAACUUCUUUUUGUUCAUCAUAGAGUUUAUAAUAUACGGGUCAUCAUUGCAAACCUGCAUAAAGGAUUAGAUCACAAUAUGCAGGUCAUAAUUUAGAAUACAAUUUCAGGGAAUGGAACAAUAAUUUAAAUUGCAAUUAUAAAAGGAAGAGAGUAUGAGCAAAUCCCCAGAGUCAAUUUUAAGAGUUGCCAGGUUUUCUAGGUAGGUAAGUAUUGAGGAACAGAAGAAAGAAAUUUAGGAUGAAGUAAAAUAGAUGGAUGAACCAAAAUUAAAAAUAGGAUAAACAAAAAUAAAGUCUGUAUCAUUUGCACGAACAUUUGUGAAAGGAUUUAGAGGAUCAUCAUUAUUUAGAUAGGAAAGUUAGAAACAAUUGAAGUCGAAUAAGUCAAAUUAAAAAAAUUAGGAUCUAAACAGUGAUUCAUCUGCAAAGGACUUAGAUAAUCAGUUUAAAGAGGAAGCAACUGAUGAAGAAAUUAAUAGUUGUUGUUUGAAUGAGAAUUAAUCUAAUUCAAUGAAGUGGGAGAAUGAGAAGGAUAGAGAGGCUUAUUUAGACACAAUAAAAAUGUAGAUCAAAGCUGUUAAGGAGACAAAAGACACUGCUGAGAAAAGAAAGGAAUCAUUACAAUAAUAAUAAUAAAUGUAAAAAAUAGUAAGAGGAGAAUAAAAGAAAUUAAGUUAUGUGGGGUCGAGUUAAUAGGAUUACAAAACAUCAAUUCAUUAAUAAUCUGAUGAAGAUUAAGAGAAAUUUAAUUUGAAGUCAUCUAACUUAGCUAUUGAUAGACAAAUCUUAUUUAAGAUUUAAUUAUUAGUUUACUUUGGCAUAAUAUUGGAAAUUCUAUUUGGAGGAUUGAGCAUAGCCGUUUUGGUGACAGAUUUAAUUCGUGAUCCGAUCGGAGUAUUGGUGUAUUUAUAUGGAUCAUCAACAUUAUAAUUUUUUUCUUUGAUAACAGUGUUGAAAUUAUUUAGAGAUAUUAAGAAUCAAGAAAUCAAGAAUCUAAUUUGGAUAUAAAAGGUGGGAAAUCAGAAGAAUAAGAUCAAUUAGCAAUAUAUGUUUUCAAUUCCUGAAGAUUAAAAAGAAGAUGUAUAGAAACUGAAAUUCGAACAAAGAAUUAAUAUGAAUACUUUAUAUUGA